AUGAAUGAAGAAAUGCAGGCUAUGGCGGAAAUGAAUUCGAGGAUCGAAGAGGAAGAUCGUUUGGAGGGGGAUUUUUCCCAUUCCAACCCCAAGAUCGUCGACUUCAACAAGCACCACUUUCGAACUUUCUCCCUGCUGAUCCAACACGCCACCGACCUCAUGGACAAGUCUAUCUUGAACGAAGUCGACAACAUCUACAAGCCCAAGCUUCUGCCCAUUAUCAAGUCUCGCGGUUACAACUAA